UUUGGAACACUGGUUUCGUGAAAAUGCGGGAGAUACUCAUGUUACCCUCGUCCAAGACAAAUGUUGGCUUCCGUAAACAACGGAACGCGUGGAGGAAAGAGCUCCAUAUUUCCGAGCUCGUUCAGUAUUUCCGACUCCUCCAUGAGCGGAAACAGCAGGAAUACAAGCGUCGUACUCGGACAUGUCAGACUGAAAUGACACUGGAUAGAAAGAUCAAGAUUCAGUUACGCAACAUCCAAAAUGUGAUCCGCCUUACAAAAGAGAACUUGGAGGCUCUGAAUGCAGAGUUUGGCAAGCACCAGCAUCCACCAACGAUGUAUUUACAGGAAUAUGAAGGCCUCACAAGCAAAAUCCAUGAGCUGCAACUAAAGGAACAGAAACUGCAGGACCAGAUCGGAAGCUGUGAAGACCUAGAAAUACAACAAGAAGAAGAACGUCUUGUCGACGAACGCCUUCAUCAGUUGAUUCAUGAUCAGAACUAUGUGGAACCAGGCGGAGGGACAAUACCCCAUAAUAACAGCUCGACAAGCCUUGUUGGACUCAAGGAUGAUAUCACCAAUAGUCCCCAGAUGCCUCACAGAUCACCAAUGAAAGCCUAUGUUAAAGCAUUCCUACCUAAUCAACAGAAAACAACGGUUCCGGUCAAGCCAGGUAUGACCGUGGAGGAAGCGCUCUAUAAGGCCAUGAAACGACGUGAAUUGUCACCAGAAUUGUGUAUAGUUUACAGCACUGAACCAAGGGCAAUAAUCACGUGGAAUACCGAUUCUGCUGUCCUGGCUGGGAAAGAGUUAACGGUGGAACUAAAAGCUCAUUUCCUGCCCACCACUAGUAUAUCUCAUAACUUUGUUCGUAAAACAUUCUUUACUCUAGCAUUCUGUGACAGUUGUAGGAAGUUAUUGUUUCAAGGUUUCCGCUGCCAGACGUGCGGCUAUCGUUUUCACCAGCGUUGUGCCGAACACGUGCCAACGCUAUGUCAGCAAGGAACAGAAGAGGAUGUGUUUUAUAUGGCAAAGGGUGACCGACAUUAUGAUGAAAUGCGCGAGAAGGCCAGACAUGCCGCAUGGAAUGAAAUGUCGAGUCAUUACUGCAAUGUUCGGAGACCAGUGCGGUCCACGUCUGCACCAAACGUCCGCCACUCUUUGCCUCCGAAUCCCGAUCUUUUGGAAUAUUUGGAACGAUCGUUUGAAAGGUCUUACGAAAAGUCUCCUCUUGAACGUUCGUAUGAACAUGAGAAGUCACCCCUUGAGAGGUCUUAUGAGCGAUCGUAUGAAAAGUCACCCCUUGAACGCUCUUACGAGAGCUCAUAUGAAAAGUCUCCCCUUCAGCGCUCUUAUGAGCGUUCAUGUGAAAGAUCGCCCUUGGAACGAUCAUGUGAGAAGUCACCUCUUGAACGCUCGUAUGAGCGCUCAUUUGAUAAGUCAUCGCUUGAGCAGCACAUUCAUGAGAGAAGUAAUGAAAGAUUACGACCCCUGCAGAGGUCUUUGGAGAAGUUGAGUGAGCGAUUGGCGAAUGAACGCCCGCAUGAUCGGUUGCAUUUGCAGCGGUCGUGGGAAAGGUCCUAUGAGAGAGAGCAAGAAACUAUACCGGAGGCAAGGAGUCUGGACAGUGCAGAGUGGCCACGGCAAGGAGGUUGUACCGUACCACCUCAUGCCGCCCUAUUUCCUCAGAAGGAAUUUACGCGGCGCUACGCACAGUCCCACUGUAAUAACUUAGAUCUGAUGAUAUCAAACAGAUGUAACGAGGUGAAAAAACGGCAUGGCAGUGACUCGGCUCCCCAAACACGAAAACAUCAUAAUAUAUAUCCAACAAUACACAAAGGUCACAAUAUCGCCUCGUUGAUGCCGCCGAUGGUUGCAAACAUCCAGAGUCCUGGUGGAAGUCCAACAAAGCCGGUCAGUGCCACAGCGUCACCGACAAACAGUGUCCGCUAUCGAGUGCGGUCAAGUUCAGCUGAGACUGAACACAGGAGAAAGGUGCUUCCUCGACGGGACUCCAACGAGGACUGGGAAAUCCCAACAGAAGAAAUCAUCACCAGCCACAGGAUUGGCUCAGGAUCAUUCGGGACUGUCUACCGAGGUCACUGGCAUGGGCCUGUCGCUAUCAAGCGUCUCAACGUCACUGACCCUACGGAGGCUCAGAUGCAGGCAUUUAAGAAUGAAGUCGCUGUGCUGAGGAAAACUCGGCAUGUGAAUGUGUUAUUGUUCAUGGGCUGGACGUCGAAGCCUCAGCUAGCAAUUGUGACUCAGUGGUGCGAGGGUUCAAGUCUUUAUAAGCAUCUUCACGUCCUCGAGACCAAGUUUGAAAUGAUUCAGUUAAUAGAUAUAGCAAGGCAGACAGCACAGGGCAUGGACUACCUUCACGCCAAGUCCAUUAUCCAUCGAGACAUGAAGUCCAAUAACAUCUUCUUGCACGAUGACCUGACUGUGAAGAUCGGCGAUUUCGGUCUGGCCACAGUAAAAACGCGGUGGAGUGGGUCACAUCAGUUCCAGCAGACAACAGGCUCAAUAUUAUGGAUGGCCCCAGAGGUAAUCCGCAUGAAAGAAGACAACCCGUACACCUUUAAAUCUGACAUGUAUGCAUUCGGCAUUGUGAUGUACGAACUGAUGACGACUAUGUUACCUUACUGUCAUAUCAACAAUAAGGACCAGAUCCUGUUCAUGGUCGGCAAAGGCUACCUGCGACCUGAUAUGACAUUGGUCAGGAAGGACACACCUAAAGCGUUCAAGAGACUUUACCAGGACUGUAUCAAGUUUGCAAGGGAUGAGCGGCCACUCUUUCCACAGGUUUUGGCAUCGUUGGAGAAUUUGGUCAGGUCACUACCGAAGAUUCAUCGGAGUGCAUCGGAGCCGACACUUAACAGGACGCAUCCGCAAUCUGAUGACAUGGACUUGUCGUAUGUCUGUGCGUCACCAAAGACACCGAUAAACAGCCAGUAUGGAGCUUUCCCCUUCUUCUCAAGUGGAACAGCCUAUUAGGCACCCCUCAUUGUGUAGAAUGGACUCACCUUAUUGCUCAGCUAGACAGUGAUCUUGUUCGGUUCACUUUGGAUGUGAGGGGUGUUGGGUGCGUGGAGGAUCACUCACACUUGUGCAAGAUUUUGCUAACUAUACUGGGGUGUGUCCUCAUUGACUCCUUGCUUUGCUGGGGGGGGAUCGGUCUUCAUUGUUGGGCUACAUUGGGUGUUUGUGGAAUGUUUGUCAUACUCUGGAUAUAUUUCACAUUGAGUUUGCUCACGUUAGUGUCACUGGAGGAGAAAGUGUCGCCACCUAGCAUGAUGAUCGUAAGAUAUGGUCUGGUACGAUAGAUGUGUUGGUUGAACAUGAGGUCAGUGAGGUCACAUCACAUUAGAAUAUGGUGCUUUAAAUGGUGUAAACAUCAAGGUUUAGAAACGUAGAAAGUGCUGGCCUUCAGAAUCGUGUUCAUGUGUUAUUUCACUUUUUGCUGGUAAACCUGUACAUUUUAAUGUCCUAUAGAGAAUGUACUGGUAACUUGUACACUUUAAUGUCCUACAGAGAGUUUUACACCAGCAACUGGUUAUCCAUCUUUUGAUGUAGAAUAAGACAAUUUCCUGAAACAUCUCUGGUAGUUGUGGUUAACCGUAUCUGAAAGGUCCUACAUUGUAGGUUAGACUAAAGUGAUGUUAAUAACAAAUGCAAAGACCCCAUUCUUCCUUGUAUAAUGAAAUAAAGUGUCUUUUUAUUCAAUACGAAACAUUGAAUGAUAAUAAUACAUAACAAGAGUUGGGGUUAUACCUUCAUAUCAGACAAAUGUAACCAAUCUGGUCCAAGUGUUGCCUCAUGAAUAGUAAAAUGUUUCUGCUAACAAAAAUAAGGCCAUUGUAUAUCAGACAUCGCCUCUGUCUCCUUAUGGAGGGAUGCUGGACUCGUUUAACCCUGCCAUACCUACAGCCCAGUCAGACAUAUUUGAACAACGGUGUAUGCUCUCAGUGUUUCAUACAACUUGAAUCCAGCAAAUUAGAGAAAACUGAUGCAUGUUUUCUGAUCACACUGUUGUGCACUUGGUGGUUACAUGAAUCUGCAGAUAGCAUCAGAUUAGCCCAGCUUGUCUGAAGUUUAGUAGCUCACUAAUAGUGCUAACUACCUAUUUUGUCGUCCAGUGUCCAUCUUAGAUAUGGUGCUAACUUCUCUUCAAAGAUGUGGAUAUGUGGACAAUAAAAAUCUAAAAAGAACAAAUCAUUUUUCCACUGAUACUUUCAAAGGCUUUUGGCUCUGUGAAAACUUGUCUCUGGUUGGGUGGUCAUGAAACACUACCAAGUUGUUUCAAGAUUUAAAACUGCUGUAGGCAUGGUGGGGUUAAACUGGAACUUUUUUGUGAAUAUUUCUUGCAUAUAGGCAUGCUCUGUACAGAAUCGCGCUAAUGCAACCUCUAUGUUUAUAAUUGUACUAUAAUAUGAUACUUAACUGUUAUGUACAUUUUAUUUAUCAUCAUGUAAGUAGGACCUGUUUUGUACCUGUAACAUAUUGUAUUUUCACAGUCAUUUUUUGCUGAUCUUUAAAUCAUAUUUGGUCUGUGUCUUUAUGCGGUUGUAUCAAUAUGAGAUGUCGUCUGCUGUACAGUAGGUGUUGUAUGGUUCAAAAUGCAAAAAAAACGUCACGGCACAACUCAACCUACAUGUAUCACUUCUUGAUGGAAUUAUAAAUUAAAAGACCGUGCUUGUCAACUUAUUUGUCAUGGAAAUCAGUGUCUGUUAUGUAUGCACUUGGCUGAAUUUGACCACUUGAACUUGUCAAACUAUUCGAGAGAGAGAAAAAGACUUUGGAAAAUACAGGUUUUUGAAACGUUCUGCCCACUCUUCUCCCUUGGUACACUUGUACAGAACAGAUAGUCCCGAAGCAUGCUGCUGCUUGUACAAAUCAGAGAAAUGAAGUGAGUCUAAAUGGGGGGAAAAUGUAUAAAUAUGGCUCGUUGGGGGAAAGAAUGGAUCUGGUAGACUUUUCUUGCUUAGAUUUGGCUGCAUAGGAAACAUCUCAACUGAUAUGCAGCUCUCUUCACUGACUCUCCUUGAUAAGUCUCUGUUCUCGGGUUAACGAGAAUAAUCGGUAGAAUUUCAGUGUUUUAAUACUCUGAAUCAUUUUAUACCAAAAUGAAGUUGUGCCUGUCAGUCUGCCUAAGGUGACACUGACAAUCCCUGUGAUUCUAUAACCUAUUUCAUGAAUAUGCUACACAAACCUUUUCCUUGUCAUUUUCUAUCAUUUUCUUUAGAUUCCUCAAAUCCUGUUGGGUUCAAAAUCCCUCUUUUGAUGGAUCCAUAUUUCUUUAUGCUAAUUUCAAUACUUGAAACCAAUUUCCAUCCAAAUAAGAAGAGUGUGUUCCUAUCACAUUUUAUGAGACAUUGUAAAUAGCUCCCUUUUACAUUUGUAAAUUUGAUGGCCAGGCGGCUACAUUAAGAUUUGUCUUGACGACCUGUAAAAAUGACGAUGAUGUGGAAUAUGUUUCUCAUGGAUGGAAGAAUUUGGCCCAUCCUUUGCAAGUGUGAAGCUUAUACAUACAUGGAUGUAGUUGAGAAGAUCAUGUUAAACAACACAGGGCUCAAGUGCUUAAUGCAAGUAUCAAUUCGUGUCUUGUACCCCCCCCUCCUCAAGGGUACGACACCUUAUCACCCUAUAACGACAUCUUAAGGCUCUAGCAUCACCCUUUUUUCACCAAGGCUACUUUUUCUUUCGUCAAGACAUCACCAUCAACAAUAUAUCAGUUGUCACCAUCAUAUAAAGUAACCGGACUAAUUUUACUGGGUAAGGCUGUAUGUUCGACAAGACAUCGACACAUUAGCAUCCUUAUUCUUUCCAGCUUCGCCAAAUUUUCACUGAAGGAAAUAUAAACACUACUCAAGCAUCGGCAAGUGGUGAUAGCUCAACUACGCUUGAGGAGGGGGGGUACAAGAAACGAAUUGAUACUUGCAUAAAGGGCUGCACGGUUCGUGGUCUUUGGAUUUUCUUGUGCAACAGGUAAAAAGGAACAAACACCUCACAUUUGAUAAUAAGGCGUAACCAUGUUGUUAAUCUCCACAAUACUAAUGGAUUUGGCUAAGGUGACAUUGUCUUUGCUGCGAUACCUUCUAGACUGGUAUUGUAUAAUAACCCAGUAAAUUGGUGGCGGGGUGAACUAACUAAAUGAACUUUUGGACGCCCAUGCCAAAUCCUGGUAUUUCAGCAUUUAAUGUCUGUUCCACCUAUGGACUGAUUAAGGUACUAGUUCAGCCUCACAGAGCAGAAAAUAUUGUAAAUAUCUUUCAACAUCAGUUAUAGUUGUUGUUGUUGGAGUCUAACUCACGGCACGGGGUGAAGCUUUAAUGCUUCUUUGACUGUAAAUAACUCUUUCCAUAGAUUCUCCUUUCUAAAUGAUUUCUAGGAGUUUCAUCUGGAGCCGCCUUCUGUGAAAUGUAUAGUUUGUCUUAUGUUCUGGACAGAAGAACUGCUUUGUUUAGUCAUUAUUGUACAGCAUUGCUGUAAACUUUCAAUAUAAUGGAGUCAGGAAAGAAAAUCUUUCUGGUUGUUUAACACCAGUGGUAUCACUUUAUCCCGAGGGGUGUGACGGGGAAUAGCUUUUGAAACAAAUUUCGCCAAGUCGAGAUGAAACUGGAACGAUCAUAAAAGUUGUUCAUGAGAAAUGCUAUCAUUUUAACAGUGAUUUGACUGAUCUUGACAAACUCUCAAGCGCCUCAUUGAAGGUUUGCACCAAAAACGUUUCUGGGCGACUUGGUGAAGUCAGUUUCAGAUGUUUUCUCCAGCACAUUCAGUCUAAAUGGUCCACAGUCAAUUUUAAUCAUUGUUCACUAUGUACAGCGUUAUAUAUCAUUGACAACAGUGCAGUCUCAUAAUGUAUCGUUGUCUUGAUUGAAAUUAACCCUGCGUAGACUAGGAGUGUCUCCUGUAUUGUAUAAAGGAACAGAAGGAAAAAUCGGCCUAUCUAUCGGGUCACAAGAGAUGUGAUCCGCCAUUUUUUUAUAUCAAAAACACUUUAUCUCCGUUGAUCUUCAAAUGGAUCAAAAAUUCUUAUGCCUAGCCCUGCAAUCUGUAGAUUUUUCUAUUUUUCGGAUCUUUUUUGAGUGAACUCCUCGGUUGACGAAGGGUUAAUAUGCUUGACGCUAACAGUUGUGUACUUUCACUUCUUCCACCUCCAAACAUUGUUUGUAAUCAUCAAGUCAGUGUAAUAAAUAGACUCCGCCUUGUGUGUAGAUGUUAAAUUGG